CAGAAAGUGAGCUCUCUCCAGCUGCCAAGAUGGUAAUAAACGUCUGUCUCCCACAGUUCAAGCCAAGAAUUCACUGCAACAAGAUUUCUGCUGAUGGUUACGAAGUGGAGAAUCUGAUCUCUGAAGACCUUGCCAGGAGAAAUCGUGGUUUCCGCAGCGAAUACUUUAUCAAACCUCCUGUCCACGUCACGAUCUCUUUUCCCUUCAACGUCGAGCUCUGCAGGAUCAAUAUUGACAUCUCAUCUGGGGGAUACCAAACCUUCUCCGGGCUCGAAGUUUACACCUCUACCUCAUGCAAUAAAACCUCUUGGCAGAGCCCUGAGGGUCAGGUCUCAGGUCUGGCCGGUCAGCCUGUGUCGGACAAAGACACUUUCACACUGGUGGGCAAAGCUGUCUUAAAAAAUCAAAGCAAAGUGACGUUCGGCCACAGAGGCUUCAAGCCGAGGCCUCCCUUCCAUCAGAUGGAAAACGUCUUCUCCUACCCCGGCUCUGCAUCUCAAGACCUCUGGAACAAAGGGCCUGCCUCGCUGAGCAACGUGUCGCACUUGAAAAUCUGCAUCACCCACGUGGCCGGAGGCGGCCUGCCUUGCAUUAAGAGGCUGGAGGUGUGGGGACAGCCUGCCAAAUCGUGCCCGCAGGAGGUGAUUGAGGGUGUCUUUCAAGUGGCCUCCCAGUUCUUCGCCCAGGAUGUCAGCAGCCUCAAGCCAGAGCUCUGGACGCCAAUGGAGAGCGACUGCGUGCCCUUCAGCACCAACGACAGCGAGCAGCAGACCCUCUGCAAGCUGGUGGACGUCGUCCAAGACAUCCCCGAAGAAUUCCUGGACCCCAUCACUCUGGAGAUCAUGACCUUCCCCAUGCUCCUGCCCUCCGGGAAGGUGAUCGACCAGACCACCUUGGAAAAAUGCAACCGGAGUGAGGCGUCUUGGGGCAGGGUCCCCAGCGAUCCUUUCACUGGGGUGGCCUUCAGCCAGCACUCACAGCCCCUACCUCACCCUACCCUCAAGGCCAGGAUAGACCACUUCCUCCUACAGCACAGCAUCCCUGGCACCAACCUGCUCGGGAGAGCUCAUGCCUCGGAAAUGCUCGUACCUUCUUCCAUAACAAUGUCUUCUCUGAAAAGGAAAAUAGACUGUAUGGAUCAGAGCUCCGUGCAGCCACCGUAUUUUUCUUCUACAAACUUACUUGUCACGUCUACCUCAGAGAACAGUGCUAAAAAAAUGAAAACUGACAGUGACUCUCAUUUGAUCCAAAUGGACUGUUCGACAGAUCUGGUCUCUCACGAACAAAAACUGUCGGAGAGCUUGGACACUGCCUUGAACUCGGCGCUCAGCUCGAUGCCCUGGUUUACGGCCAAGCUGAUGAAAAGCCAGCAGCAGGCGCAGAGCGAGGGGGGCUGCAGCAGCUCGUGGAGCGGGGGCACCGUCCUCGAGCACGGCAGGAGCAGCCAGACCCAAGGAUGCGCUUCCUGCGGCAAAACCUUCUCCUCUUACUUCAAAACGGAGCCCGUUUACCAGCUCCCCUGCGGCCACCUCAUGUGCCGCCCGUGCUCGGCCGAGAAGCAGAAGUCCCUCUCGUCGAUCCUGUGCGGGAGCUGUAAAAGGUCGGCUGCCACGCACGACGUCAGGAGGGUUCACUUCUGAGCCCUCGGCUGCCGGAGCCGCCGGGAGGGACGAGAACAAGGAGCCGCUGCCGUUCCCCGUGUCUGUG